CUAUGGCAACUAUGGGGGAGGAGUCAAGUCCCAGUGUCACUGCCCCUGCUGAUACCACAGGCUCCGCCUCCAGUCCACAGAGUGAUGCCGUAACCAAUGAGCUGCAAGAACUGUCUCUUCAGCCCACCCUCAACUUGCUUCCUAUUCAUGAGAGGAAGAAUGUGCUUCAACUCAAACUUCAGCAGAGACGGACUCGAGAAGAGCUGGUUAACCAGGGGAUCAUGCCACCACUGAAAAGUUCUGCAUCCUUUCAUGAGCAGAGACGAAGUUUAGAACGAGCUCGGACCGAAGACUACCUGAAGAGAAAGAUCCGCAGUCGUCCAGAGAAGUCAGAGCUGGUCAGGAUGCACAUUCUUGAAGAGACGUCAGCAGAGCCGUCUCUACAGGCCAAGCAGCUUCUGCUGAAACGAGCUCGACUAGCCGACGAUCUGAACGAUAAAAUCUCCCAGCGACCCGGACCGAUGGAGCUCAUUCACAAAAACAUCCUUCCAGUGCACAGCAGCCUCAAACAAGCCAUCAUAGAGACGGAGUUUCCAAAAGUAGAAGUGGAGAGCUCUUCGUUUGACGAGGAAAGCAGUGACGCGUUCUCCCCCGAGCAGACCCUUCAUCAGGACUCUCCCCUCGGUCAAGGACACUUACCUUUACCACCUGAGAUACCGGCCAGUGAAACAACACCAAAACAGGUGCCGUAUGUCCCGCCCCCUCCUCCUCCUCCACCACCGCUUCCAAACACAGCUGGCCCCGCCCCUCAGCAGAAACUAACCAAUGGAACAACAGGCCACAAGCAAGCUCCUGCACUACAAAAGGGUGGUAAAGGGGGUAGUGAGCGCCCUAUUCAGCGCUCUAAGAAGGUGAGAGAAAACAAACCAAAGGUGAAGAAGCUGAAGUAUCACCAGUAUGUUCCUCCAGACCAGAAACCAGAGCGUGAGCCUCCACCUCUUCUGGACUCCUCCUACACCAAACUCCUGUAUCAGCAGCAGCUCUUCCUCCAGCUGCAGAUCAUCAACCAACAGCAGCAAAACUACAACUACCACACCAUCCUGCCUGCUCCACCCAAGCCUCCUGCUGAUCAGCAGCCUGCCUCAGCUAACUGCCCGUCGCCAUCCAAAAAUGACACGCCCCCCCAAUCAACAUCCACUAAUCUGACUGGUCAGAAUCAGCAGACCACUGCGAUUGGAGGUGGAGUUAAAUCAGGACCCCUGCCUCCCAACCUGGAUGAGCUGAAGGUGGCAGAGCUGAAGCAGGAGUUAAAAGUGCGGGGCUUAACCGUCUCAGGCACCAAAAAUGACCUUAUUGAGCGGCUGAAGAAUUUUCACGAGCAGAACGGUGGCACCUACACACCAGCAACACCUAAAACCAACACACCAGCAGCCCCCGUAGUGGGAGGAAUCUCUUCCUCCUCCCAGUCAGCAGACAGGAGUAUGGGGGUUGCUUCCUUCUCAUUCAUUGCUUCUGCAGAAAGGGGUGGAGCUCAGAUGACAGCGCCUCAGAUAAUGCAGUUUGGAAGCACAAGCUCCUCCCCUCCGGUUUCCCCCGCCCACUCAGAGCUCUCAUCGACUGGAAUGAGCCCAGAUGAAGCGAGCUGUAAUGGGGAUGCUUUUGGGGAAAUGGUGACCUCUCCUCUUACCCAGCUCUCCUUGCAACCUUCUCCUCCUCUCCCUUCCACGGUCUGCAUUAAAGAGGAGCCCGGCAGCCGGACGUCUCCUUCCUCCUGCUGUCUGGUGUCCCAGUCUGCAGCGCUCCCUGUAGACAAGGACCAGAUGCUGCAGGAGAAGGACCAGCGCAUUCAGGAGCUCACACGCAUGCUGCUGCAGAAACAGCAGCUGGUCGAAUCUCUGCGCUCGCAGCUGAAGGGCAAACGUGUCGGCACUGCGGUCCGAGCGAAUGAGGAACUUCCUGGUGUCACUAUGGAGCUGAUCAGAGCGGCCAUUAAAGAGGAGGUCAUAGAGGUGAUAGAAGACAGUGAGAUGGAGACAGAGCCACAGGUGUUCCUGCAGACAGGACCGAUGCAGCAGCACAGGACGGCGGUUGCAGUAGAGCUGGAGCAGGACCAGCAGCAGCUCAUAAUGCAACAGAAUCAGCACAACCUGCAGCAACAAGUACAUCAGAGGAAGAGGAAAACCCAAAAACAGCAGCACAACCUACAAAAACAACAGUUGCCUCAAGCACUUACCAACCAGCAGUCAAGUCUUGUUUCUUCAUUCCCAGUGGAUGUACUGAACUCAAGCUCCACCCCCAACAUAGUGACCGACAGCAAUGGCAACCAGUUCCUGCUAACACUGUCGAAUCAAAACACAGAGGCAUCUGCCAGAGGCCGCCGCUCCCAGGGCAAAAGACUGCAGUCUACACCCACCAUGUUUACCAACCAAUCCGUGACUGAAUUCCUUAACAAAAACAACCAAUCAGAACAGCCCAUACAAACCGUCAUUUUGAAACAGCCAAUCAAAAAGGCACUAAAGCCAGACCUAAAUGUGACGACCAAUUACAAAGCAUCAAGCUGCACGUCCAUCUCAUCACCAGCCAAUAUCCAUCCAUUCCUCUCUCCAGUGGAUUCCAUGAACAACACUGAAGCCGUCCCCUCAUCUCCCAACAACAAUACCGAGAAUGGCUGCCAUCAGCAGGUAGACGACCUGUUUGACAUCCUAAUUCAGCGUGGAGAAAUCUCUGAGAAUUUCAAAGCUGCACCUGAUCCUGUUCUCGAAAGGCUUCGGCCGAACACGCCUCUUUCCUCAAGCUCCUCCUCUCUCAGUCUUUCCCGUCCUCCUGAUAUGCCCCUCAAAACUUUAAUUUUAGAACCUCAGCCUCCUUCAGUUAAGACGCACAGCAGCUGUAACCCAGGAAGUGGGCGUCUUGAAGACUUCCUGGAAAGCACUACUGGCAAACCUUUGCUGGGAGUGGAGCCAGGAGGACCGACGACGCUAAUUGUUGACCUCCACAACCAAAUGCUCAGCACACCGAGUAUCCUAGACCACCCACGUUCCCCAAUGGAUACAUGUGACAUGAGCUUUUCCAGUCACUCGCCUUUAGAUUUGAUAGACUCCGCCCCCGACUCUAUGGAUUGGCUGGAGCUCGGAAUGGGCGGGACUGGAGGGGAGGGGCCUGGGAUGGUACAUAUGAAUGGACACAGCUCCUCUAGCUUAUUUUCCACAGACUUUUUGGACACUUCUGAUAUGAAUUGGUCCAGCCUUUAGCUCAUGGGAUAUCGCAGACUGCAGUAUUUUGGGAAGGGCCUAUUGUGGAUUAGCUUCCUUCACAUAGUACAGUUUAUACUUGUUUCCACCAGUGACUUUUCCCGUUUGGACUCAAGUAUGGAUUUUCAAAAUACUAACUUAAAUUGGAUUAUGUUACAUAUUGACAGACUUUAUCCUUCACCUUAGCUUGCAUAAAUGCUCACACCCCUGACAGCACACACGUCAAAGAGCCGUUUACAUAUCGUUUUUAUCUGGGUGUGGUUUGUUCAUCUGAAACACUUCGAUUUUCACAUUUGGAUAUUAGAACAAGAUAUUUUUGUGUUUUUAUCAUUUCAAAUACAUGAAUUGCUCUUUUAUUAAUGACCCUUUAAACGAGAUGCGUUCCAGAUGAUGGAGUCCUUCAAAUGUAUCUGUGAUGUUUGUGUGCUUAUGGAAAUAUCCAUACGUUCAAGCAAUAUACCCUGAUUUUGCAUCCGUUUUAGCAAAUCAAUUCACUAAGUGCAGCUUUUGAGUUUCAUUCACCUUUAAAUUUGAUUAUGCUGCAGGAAUAGGUUUUCAGAAUUUACCUGCUUUACCAAAAAUAGCUGGUAGACUUAUACAUAACUCAAUAGCUUUGAAACAUACACCUGGAUUUUACCAUUUAUAUUAUUGAGCCAAUGU